AUGAUGUCGAUACUGGUCCCGGGUGCUAAUGGAAGCAGCCCGCAACGAGCAGGAGGAGGAGAGCAGCAUGCUGCUGCUACCGCUGCUACGCAUGGACGCACAUUGUCCGGGCAAUCAUCUAAGGAUAUUAGCGAGGAUGGUUGUUGCUUUGCAAAAAUGUUCCUCUCUAAUAUCGUCUCUUUUGCAACAAGAUCGCGUCGAAAGGGUGUGAAUGAAGGAUGCGGGGCAGCACAGCGCCCCUCUCCAGUCGGUGAUAAGAACAUAAAAAGCUGCAUUCAUGCGUCGAACUGUAAGCGUAAGAUGCUCUCGGAAAUGGGAGUAUGCGAUUCAUUCGACGAUGAAAUGAUCAGACGUUUAACGAUGCUACCUCAAGGAGUGGACAGCAAUGAAUGGUUGGCCACACACACGCUGUCUCUGUUCGAGAACGUGAAUGCGCUGUGUGGGGCGAUAUCGGAGCUGUGUACACCAGUUUCCUGUCCCAUCAUGUCUUAUCCAGGCGUUACGAAGGCGCAUUGGGUUGAUGAGAAGAGGAAACAUCACGUCUACUCGGCCAUGCAGUACAUCGACUGCGUUUUGUCGUUCUGUGAAAAAAGCACAAAGGAUGAGCAGCUGUAUCCAACGAAAUACGGUCAGCGUUAUAUCGAUUUUUAUCAUUUUGCGUGA